GAAAAAAAAAAUCGAAGUGGUUUCUUACCAAAAAUCUCCUUCACGGAUUUUCAUCGGAGAAGACGUAAGACCUAAUUUGAAUCGGUGGAGAUGGAACCGCCGGAGAAUAGUUUAGAUUCCGAUGGUUCGAAGUUAGAGACAGCGGAGAGGAUAAUACUCCGGUGGGACUCAGCGGCGACUGAUGGAGCAAGAGGGAAGAUGAUUUUCCAAAGCGAUCGUGAUGAGGUGGAUCGGUUUCUCCGAGCCGUUGAUGAAAUCCAACGGUCCCUAUCUUCUGUCUCCUUCUCUUCUUCUUCCUCCUCCGCCGCCACCUCCGCCGCCACCGUAGUCGACGAACAAGAGGUCAAAGCCAACUCAGCUAUCCAAAUCGCCAUGGCUAGACUCGAAGACGAGUUCCGUAACAUUCUUCUCUCUCACACAACUACUUUCGAGCCUGAUUCACUUUUUCUCGAGGAAUCAUCAGUCUCUCCGUCUUUAUGCGUCGAGGUCGGAGAAGAUACCACCGUAACUACCGAAGAAGAAGAAUUAAAUUCGCCAGGUGGUUCCGGUUCAAGCCGGUUAACUCGUAGAAGAAGCAGUUACAGAUCCACUAGCAGUAUUCGAGAAAUGGAUCUGAUCUCGCCGGAGGCAGUUUCUGAUCUGAGAUCGAUUGUUCAACGAAUGGUCGCCGCCGGUUACUCUCGUGAAUGUAUCCAAGUAUACGGAACUGUUCGCAAAUCAGCCAUGGAAACAAUAUUUAAGCAGCUUGGGAUUGUGAAGAUAAGCAUUGGAGAUGUACAAAAGCUUGAGUGGGAAGUUGUUGAAGGAAAGAUCAGGAAAUGGAUUCGUGCAGCUAAGGUUUGCAUUAGAGUUGUUUUCUCUAGUGAGAAGAGACUAUGUGAGCAGCUAUUUGAUGGUAUUUGCACGGCUAUGGAUGAGACUUGUUUCAUGGAGACAGUGAAGGCUUCUGCUCUGAGACUUUUCACUUUCCCUGAAGCUAUAAGUAUCAGUAGAAGAUCACCUGAGAAGCUUUUCAAGAUUCUUGAUUUACACGAUGCUUUGACGGAUAUGUUACCGGAUAUUGAAGCAAUCUUUGACUCGGAUUCAUCAGAUGCUAUUAGGGCUCAGGCUGUUGAGAUUCAAUCGAGACUAGCGGAAGCAGCGAGAGGUAUACUUUCCGAGUUUGAGAAUGCUGUGCUUCGUGAACCUUCGAUAGUUCCUGUCCCGGGAGGUACGAUUCAUCCAUUGACAAGGUAUGUGAUGAACUACAUUGUUAUGAUCUCUGAUUAUAAGCAAACGCUGGAUGAUCUCAUCAUGUCGAAUCCCUCUACUGGGUCUGAUCCAAACACACCGGAUAUGGAUUUCACGGAGCUAGAGAGUAAGUCUCCAUUGGAUUUGCAUUUGAUAUGGUUGAUUGUGGUCUUGCAUUUCAACUUAGAAGAGAAAUCCAAGCACUAUAGAGACACAUCUCUAUCUCACAUAUUCAUCAUGAACAACAUCCAUUACAUUGUUCAGAAAGUGAAAAGGUCACCGGAGCUAAGAGAAAUGAUUGGAGACCAUUAUUUAAGGAAACUCACUGGGAUAUUUAGACAUGCUGCCACAAACUACCAGAGAGCUACAUGGGUCAGAGUACUGAAUAGUCUGAGAGAUGAAGGGUUACAUGUGAGUGGGAGUUUCUCCUCUGGAGUAUCAAGAAGUGCACUAAGAGAAAGGUUUAAGGCAUUCAAUACAAUGUUCGAAGAGGUUCACAGGACUCAGUCCACAUGGUCGGUUCCAGAUGCUCAGCUUAGAGAAGAACUCCGAAUAUCGCUAUCCGAGCAUCUAAUCCCUGCUUAUAGAUCGUUUCUUGGAAGGUUCAGGGGUCAUAUAGAGAGUGGAAGACACCCUGAGAACUAUUUGAAAUAUUCUGUUGAAGAUAUCGAGACCAUCGUUCUAGAUUUCUUCGAAGGAUAUACCACACCACCACACUUGAGGAGGCGAUAAAAGAAGAUCGAAAAACGGAGAGUUCGUCUUCUUUCUUUCUUUUUUCAGCCACAUUAGGAUGUCAUAGAAAUAGAGCCAUUCUUUGAAUUUUUAUUCACGGGUUUCCUGCCCGGUGGAAUAAUCUCCAGGUAAACAUAUAUUUGUGUGUUGUUGUUUGUGCCAUAUGUCUUCUUUUAGUCCUGAUUGAUCACAGAACCAAUAAGUACAAUGUAAAUUUUGCAAUGUGCCACGUCUUCUACUCUUUUUCUCCAUUUUUGUUUCUGCUUGUGCCGUUUGUAUAAAAGUGUCAGCCAACG